AUGGCCGAACACGAUCUUCAAUCUUCGUUUUCGACGAACGUCCACGAGGAGCAGAAUGAGCAGCCACUGGCGCCUACAACACCUAUUUCUUCAGACUCCUUACAACAAUCGUCUGUCAACCCAGAGCUAUGGUCUGCUGUAAGCGACACUGCCACCCAAACCUUGGCGGCCUUCAAAGCGCCUCGAUUCUACGCUAGUUCUCAACAAAGCUCAUCUGACACUGGUACCAACACCUUCGUUGACGAUGACUUGGCCGAGACCAGAUCCACAAUUUCACAUACUGUCAGGACUCGUCGAGGGGUUGCGAAGCGGUCCAAACUCUUCAGGUCACAAUCGUGUGACGAUCUAAUCUUACGGUCACCCUCCAUUCUGCCAGAAUGUAGCUUCGGAAAACAUUACCUCGACACAGCUCAAAAGAGAGCACGACGUGCAAUUCUAGAUUUCGUGGACGACAUCAGGAAAGCACUACCUGAGGGUCACGCACUCCGAAUAACUCCCGCUUUGGAUGGCACGACCAUUCAAGAUUCUUCAAGCACGAGAUCCCGAUCACUAUCAGGUGCAACUCUGAAUGAUGACUUAGACACUUCAGACCUGUUCUGGGAUGGAAGCACUCUUGGCUCAGUUAACGCAAACGCUGUCACCAAUGCGACCGAAUUGUUUCAAAUAUCUCCACUUGAAGAAGAGCUAGACCUGGAACUGCUCAGAUUGUCACAGGAAAAGUCACAUACUGCCGACACUGCAUGCGCCUUCUGCGGUUCUGUAUUCUCUGGCCCUGAUCAACGGCAGAUGUGCAUCCAUCACAUCCUCAAUGUUCACCACACCAUUGCCAAUUCUCCAGCGACUGUCAAGCAGCAGGCUCUCAGCCCCAGGCGACUUACCAAGACGCCCGACAAGGUGGGAAGCAAAUGGCUCUCUGUAGACCCAUCGGAGACGAUGGAAUCUCGGAGCGAUGCUCCCCUGUUGUCUAGCAGUCAUCUAUCACGGAUCGAUCUCGAUUUGCUGGGCGUUGGUGCUUGGUGCUUAGAAGAGGACUGGAUAAGACUAGACGCUGCCAGGCCCAUUAUAGCAGGGGUCGUUCUAACUGAUGACAUACAGAUGGUGCGCCAGCCGAAUGCUAAGGAUUUGUUGGACACAAUAUUGACACUCUCUCGUCGUGAUGGCCCCGAAGCUGACACGGAGCGUAUUAACGAUCUGUUUAACGGGCUCGAUGUUGUCGUUGAAGACCUGUCUCGCCGAUUCCCUGAAGAUGAGACGGUUCGUUGCAUCUCUAGCGUUCUGAACUCAGUUGCACAAAGUGCGGUCCCAAGCACGCACAGCCCUCAAGGCAAUUCACCGAUUUCAUACACCAGCAGACCAAGCGGUGUGAGGACGUACCCAGUCGCACAAGAAAGUGGGUCCGCGAAUCAUUCCGGCUUAAAUCUUGAUCUAGCUGGGGGCGAGCAAUAUACCCAGAGCUCUUCAGGAAGUUCCUCUCCACUGGACGAACGUCUCGCUUCCAAAACCGAGACCCGCGCAACCCCGAUAGUAAGCGUAGACGAAACGAAAAAGAAGUCCAAGCUUCGAAAUUUAGCAUGUCCGUUCAGAAAACACGAUGAGGUCCAUGGACGCCAUCCAACCUGUAGUCAUCAAGGAUCGUCAAGCAUGUCUGGCCUCAAGGGACAUCUGAAGAGCAACACACACAACAAGGAUUUAGACUUCAUCAGUCUUUGCCGGAAUUGCGCAUAUUAUAUCAUCAACUACAAGAAUGUCUGGACGCAACGACAAGAUGGAGAAUACCGCGCCAUGAGUGCCCCUGUCAAUUUCGACUUCAACCAGUCAUUUUCGCCGCAGCCAAACCAGAGAAUCAGCGUGUCUAGUACGCGUGCGAACUCAACAAUACCAAACGUCUCCCCGGCUUACCAGUCACGUAAUGCUACUCUCGAACCGAUGACCGCCGAAAAUGGAGGUCAGCUCAGCACUCCUAUUACUGGGUCACCAGAUGCUCCCCAGACUUUUUUAGAGGAGCCACAUUCCACAACAUGUGACCUUUCCAUGGCGACAGGUCUUAUGCCUUUCCAACAGCACUCUGAGAUGCACGAAGCCGCUUUCUUUCCUCUCGCUUCCACUUCAUCACGAGCUGGGCAGCAUGAUCUUACCGGCAUCUAUUCAAACGACACGCCGUACCAGUCACCGUCACAUCCGACCCCUAUGCCGCAAAUCUCAACUUUACCGACAUACCCUACCGCCAUGCAUUCAGAACCGCAGGGCAGCAACUUGCAUGAAAUUCGCAUUGCAACACUAUCGGGUCCUUGCGGAUUGUCUGAACGGCUGUUUACAAGCAGUCACCGCCUCUAG